AUGGUCCAGCUUUACCUGUACUCCAUGGUCCAGCUUUACCUGUACUCCAUGAUCCAGCUUUACCUGUACUCCAUGAUCCAGCUUUACCUGUACUCUAUGGUCCAGCUUUACCUGUACUCCAUGAUCCAGCUUUACCUAUACUCCAUGAUCCAGCUUUACCUAUACUCCAUGGACCAGCUUUACCUGUACUCCAUGGUUCAGCUUUACCUAUACUCCAUGGUCCAGCUUUACCUGUACUCCAUGGACCAGCUUUACCUGUACUCCAUGGUCCAGCUUUACCUGUACUCCAUGAUCCAGCUUUACCUGUACUCCAUGAUCCAGCUUUACCUGGGCUCGUUCAACGACGGCACGACGCAUUUCUACACGGCGUGCGUCGUCGAAGCCAUCGGCUACCUCCACACUAAGGGCAUCAUCUACCGGGACAUGAAACCCGAAAAUAUCAUCCUCGACAACCGCGGCUACGCGAAGCUGGUGAGUGGCGCCCGCUAG